AUGUCCAAGCUGCUGCCGGCGCAGGAGGCGGCCCGGAUCUACCACACCAACUAUGUGCGGAAUGCGCGGGCCAUGGGGGUGCUCUGGGCCCUCUUCACGCUCUGCUUCUCCAUCCUGAUGGUGGUGACCUUCAUCCAGCCCUACUGGAUCGGCGACAGCAUCGACACGCCUCAGGCCGGCUACUUCGGCCUCUUCUCCUACUGCAUCGGCAACGCGCUCACCGGAGAGCUCAUCUGCAAGGGCAGCCCCCUGGACUUCGGCACCAUCCCCUCCAGUGCCUUCAAAACUGCCAUGUUCUUCGUAGGCGUCUCCACCUUCCUCAUCAUCGGCACCAUCCUCUGCUUCAGCCUCUUCUUCUUCUGCAACGCAGCCACUGUCUACAAAGUCUGUGCCUGGAUGCAGCUGGCGGCGGCUACAGGGCUGAUGAUUGGCUGCCUGAUCUACCCUGAUGGUUGGGACUCGAGCGAGGUGAGGAGAAUGUGUGGGGACAAAACUGACAAAUACACCCUGGGAGCCUGCACCGUGCGCUGGGCUUACAUCCUGUGCAUCAUCGGCAUCCUCGACGCCCUCAUCCUCUCCUUCCUGGCCUUCGUGCUGGGCAACCGGCAGGACAACCUCCUCCCCUCGGAUUUCAAAGUGGAGAGUAAAGGUGAGCGCAGUGCGAUUGCUCCUGAACGCUUCUGCAGCAGCAUUUCAGCCCCAAGGAAGAGGAAAAUGACUGACAGAGCUGAUCACCACGGACAUCCAGAGCUCUUCUUCCAUCAGCCCUUUUCUUUGAAGUGA